AUGUCGCAUAAUAAACGGUUCUUUUUAAUUGCGAUUUUCUACCUGCUCGCUCCCAUCAUUCAUCGCCAUGUCAUCGCAGCACUGACGGGUCAAUGUAAUGAGUGCUUUACGAAUGGCAUCGCUUGUUUGGAUGAGCAAAAUUUUACAGUUUGCUUCAACACAUCUACCACUGUACGUACAUCUUGUCCCAUGGGAACGGUUUGCACAGCCGAAGAAAGUAUUUGUCAGGCCACCGCUCAAGGUGCUGUUCCUGUUUGCUAUGAGGAUCGUUGCGGAAAAUGUUCAUCCGUCAAUAGUAAUUUCGCUUGUCUCGACGAGGCCAUUUAUGCUUUCUGUUAUGAUGGCAAAACACCUGCACAAAGUUCAAUUAAUUAUUGUCCGCUUGGUUAUGUGUGCAAUUUGAACAAUUCCCAAAUUUGCUCAUCCGCGCAAACUUCAAUGCCAUCGUGUAUACCAAGAAGCAUCGAUACUACGACAGCUGCAACAUCAACUGGCUCAACAACAGACUCAACAAGUGAUACAACAACUGACACAACAACUGACACCACAACUGACACAACAACCGAUAUAACAACAGACACAACAACCGAUACAACAACCGAUACGACAACAGACACAACGACAGAUACAACAACGGAUACAACAACAGACAUAACAACCGAUACAACAACAGACACAACGACAGAUACAACAACGGAUGCAACAACAGUCAUAACAACUGACACCACAACUGACACAACAGCCGAUAUAACAACAGACACAACGACAGAUACAACAACGGAUACAACAACAGACGUAACAACCGAUACAACAACAGACACAACGACAGAUACAACAACGGAUACAACAACAGACAUAACAACCGAUACAACAGCAGACACAACGACAGAUACAACAACGGAUAAAACAACGGAUACUACAACCGAUACAACAACUGACACAACAACGGACACAACAACUGAAAGAACAACUGAAACAGCAACUGAUACAAAAACUGAUACAACAACCGAUACAACAACAGACACAACAACAGAUACAACAACAGACACAACGACAAAUACAACAACCGAUACAACAACAGACACAACAACAGACACAACGACAGAUACAACAAUCGAUACAACAACGAUCACAACAACGGAUACAACCACAGACACAAUGACAGACACAACAACGGAUUCCACAACUGAUACUACAACCGCUAGAACAACUGACACAACAACAUCCACAACAACCGACUCAACAACCGUAACAACAAUAUCCACAACAGCCGCAACUACAACCACCACAACCACCAUCCCAACAACAAGCACAGCAUCUAGUACGACAGCAGCUCCAACAGAUCCGAAUACAUUCUGUGCUGAUAUGGGCAAAACAGGCAACUUCAGACCUGAUGGUGAUACAACGUGUUCUGUCUACAUUUAUUGUUACAUGCUAUCCGGUCAAUAUCUAGGUUGGAAAUAUAGCUGUUCCUACUAUUUUAACGCAGCAACUGGAAAAUGCCAAAAAGAACGCCCCGUAGAUUGUUAA